AUGUCCCAGUACGGCGGUCCUCCUCAGCAAGGCUAUGGAGGUGAAUACUACGGCCAGCCGCCUCAGCAGGGUGGUCAGGGCUACCCACCCCAGGGAAAUUACGGCGCUCCGCCUCAGCAAGGCUACUACCCCCCUGAAGGCUACCCUCAACAGCAGGGCUACCCCCCGCAGCAGGGGUACCCGCCCCAACACGGCGGCGAGAGCGCUUCGUACUACGGCAACGCACCGCCCCCCGGCGCGCAGCAGGCAUACCCGCCUGGCGCGGUAGGGCCUGAGGGUGAGCGCGGGCUAGGAUCGACUCUGCUCGGCGGUGCGGCGGGCGGGUUUAUGGGCCAUAAGAUGGGUGGCGGGAUGAUGGGCACUGCGGGCGACAAGAAGCAUAAGAAGGAGAAGAAGCACAAGAAGCACAAGCGUCACAGCUCCAGCUCCAGCUCGUCGAGCUCGUCGUCUAGCGAUUAA